AUGAAUCUAAGUGGGAGAGACAAGUUUAAGGGAAGAUGGGACGGCACAAACUUUAGCUUCGAGAGAGAUCGAAGCUACGGCUUCUCGUGGCCUCAAAGAAACUACAAUUGCACCUUCUGCAAGAAAGAGUUCAGAUCUGCUCAAGCUUUAGGCGGUCAUAUGAAUGUUCACAGGAGAGAUCGUGCCAGACAGCUUACACAGCAUUCUUCGUCGUCGUCGUCGUCAGAAAUCAAUACUGCUCCGCAUCUCCAUUCAAACCCUAACCCUAAACCUAACCUUAAUCAUGAUCAUAAACUGCUCUUUCCUUCGCCAUCGACCCGGACUUCAUCACCGAAGGCGCCUGCAACCAGAUUCUUGACGUACACGGGGCGUGCUAGGGAUUUUGAUGAUAACGUGGUUUUGGAUCAAGAUGUAAGUCCUCAGAUAAUGGAGAUAAGAAAGAAGCUGGCCGUGGAAGUGAAUAACCGAAAUGAGGUCAGAGGUGUGGUGAAGCAAGACCAGAAAGAUGAGGCUAGGGUUCACAACAAGGAGAAUGAUCAUGAGUUGUUGGGUUUGGAUUUGAACAUGGCCAUCAGCACUGGUCGUGAUGGGAGUGAGGAUUUGGAUUUGGAGCUUCGGCUUGGGAGCUUCUAA